UCGUUGGCCGCAUUUCCUCUCCUAUCCUGUAGUCGUGCGCGCCGGGUGCUUGUAAAAAUGCCUGACCGGAUGGCUUGCAUUGGGUGCGGGAGCGUGUGCUGUCCUUCGCUGUAGUGCUGUGGUUUCAUUUGCUCUGCAUCGCUCCACCUCUUAUUUUGUGCCGGAUGAAAUCAUUUGGUUCAUCUUUCAGAUCACCAAAAAUUUAGAAAACUGACCGAUUUAUUGAGCUGUGUGCACCGAUGCGAUCAAUUGCCACGCAAUGAUGCAAGUCAGUCAACUUACGCGUGCUGCGUUACCCACUUGCCUUUAGUCCAGCUUGGAUUGAUGGUUGACAGGCUAACGACCAAAAAUAUCAGCGUGCUUUUUUGCACCUACCAACAAGUCUCUUCCUUCUUUCCAUCACCUGUUGCCUCUUCUCAGUUCUCCCUGUGGUUGAGCCUUUGAGGAAGUGCAAGGAAGCCCUGCGAACAAGGAAACAUGGCAGAGUCGCUGCUGCUCCCCGUGGUGCGCGGCGUCGUCGGCAAGGCGGCUGACGCUCUCGUGCAGAGCAUCACUCGCAUGUGGGGCGUCGACAAGGACCGCCUCAAGCUCGAGCGCCACCUGGUGUACGUGCAGUCCUUGCUGGCCGACGCCGAGGCGAAGAGCGAGACCAACCCCGCCGUCCGGAUGUGGAUGAAGGAGCUCAAGGCCGCCGCGUACCAGGCCGACAAUGUCCUCGACGACUUCCAGUACGAGGCGCUGCGCCGUGAGGCCCUGAGCGACCAGCCCAGGAGAAGGCAGAUUGACUGCACUUGGAGUUCAGUUGGGUUUGGACGCGGUGCUCCACAUUAACCAAUCCGUGUCGCCUCGCUGGUUUUGUGCUGCAUAAGCAUUAUCGUUUCUCGGCAAAGGACAAUACAAAAAUUUAGAAGCCUGUUCCAUUCUGUGCCACGGAAGCUUCUUCUUGUCUCGCUGAUCAAGGCACGCAAAAUGCACAGGUGAACAUCUAGUCCAACACCUAAUGCUUUGACCCAGCUGUGCUGUUCAUCAGAAAUGUGCAAGUGCGCUUCGUGGAGCACCCCUCACCAGUAGAUCGGUAGGAGUACCAUGGCUUUGCUUCCUGAUCAAUCCGUUUUACAUCGUUAGAGCCAUAUGUAUAUAUUCUUUUGUGGUGCAUUUAUGUAGCACUUGCGAUCUGUGAACUGCAGGUUACAGUAGAGAAACUUCAUUGUGGUGAAAUAUUUGAUCUGCGGUCAUAUUGUUUUCACCUUGCUGUGGAAUGUUUGACAGGGCCGGGUUUAUUUGUUGUUUUCACCCUGUAAUCAGAGAGUUUUCACCUUGCUGUGGAAUGUCCAGAACUAUGAGAUAUUUGUUGUUUGA